UAUUUUGAGGUUUUGCAGCCUUCUGGAACCCAAAUCACUUGGGAAGCCGCUAAUGCCAAGUGCUAAACAGUAUUCUUCUUCAGCAAACUCCUCGUGUAAUGGAGGGAAAUAGGGGCGGAUGCACAGUUUAAGUUAUGAGUUUAUCCCAACCAAGUAGCUUUGGCUCAGACCUGUAAUUGAUUUCGUACCCAGUAAAUCAAAGAAGUUGUGGGAGAAUCACGAGCUCAAACCCAUAAAGUUCAGAUCAUGGAUUUGCUCCACCGAAAGAAAGCUGCUAGUCGUUUAAUUGUUUUCUUUCUGUUUUCUUUUACCAACAUUUUCUUUCUGAUUCAUUUUGCUUUUCUAUUUCCUUCAUUUUUUUGAGGUCAAAUUUAUUUUUUUAAAUUAUAAUGUUAUUGUUAAACAUUUGUCAUUUUUAACGUAUUUUUAGCUGGAAAGUUAUGUUUUUGAGAGCAUUUGCCAUUUUGUGGAUCCGAUUUAAUCUAUAACUGAUACGAUGUCUUUGCUAUUAGGAAUUUAGUCCUAUAUUGUAGGCUUGUAGUUUGUAGGUGCAGCAUUUUGGUUUCACUUUCCUCAACUCUGGGCUUUGGUGGGCAAUUGCUCUUUCUAUCUUCAGGCAAUGCACUUCAUAUGAAGUGUGUAGACAUGGUUAUAAUUUUGUUAGGUGUUAACUUUUUCCUUUUCACUCUUUAGUUCAACUUAAUUUCUUUUGGUUCUUGGACUCACAGGUGCGUUGCAAAAGGUUCUUUUGCAUGUGAAUUAGAAUAAAUUGAAGUGGGAAUGGAGUGUGUGGUUCAGGGAAUUAUUGAGACUCAACAUGUUGAGGCCCUUGAAAUUCUGCUUCAAGGGCUUUGCGGUGUACAUAAACAAAGCUUAAGGAUCCAUAAACUGUGCCUUAAGAGUGUUCCAAACCUAGGCUUAGUAGCAUCAGAAAUACGUCUCUUAUGUGAUCUUGAGCAGCCGGAACCGACAUGGACUGUUCGACAUGUUGGUGGUCCGAUGAGAGGCACUGGUGCUGAACAAAUCUCAGUCUUGGUGAGACCGAUGAUAGAAAGCAAAAUAAGCAAGAACGCAUUGCGCAUGUUUUAUGCACUUGGCUACAAGCUAGACCACGAGCAGCUGAGAGUUGGUUUUGCAUUCCAUUUCCAAAGAGGUGCCCAGAUAACUGUUACAGUUUCAUCCAUCAACAAGAUGUUGAAACUUCAUGCAACUGAUGAGGCAGUGCCUGUGACACCGGGCAUACAGCUAGUUGAAGUGACAGCACCUGCUUCAUCUGAAAAUUACACUGAAGUUGUUGCUGCUGUAUCGUCCUUCUGUGAAUAUCUUGCACCGCUCCUCCAUUUGUCAAAACCCGGUGUGUCAACAGGGGUUGUUCCUACUGCAGCUGCAUCUCUCAUGUCGGAUGGCGGAGGCACAAAAAUGUAGUAUUACUCCUUUGCAGCCACUUUAUUUUUAUUCUUUUGCAUUUUGGUUGCGGUCCUCAUUGCUGGAUAAGACCUAUUUUGCCAAAUGAUAGCCCUCCUGUAACUGUCGUUAAGAUGCUGAUCAAUAUACAGUAGUGUUUUCUCAUAAAAUAGAGUUAUAGUAUAUCAACCAGCUUAGUUCAAUUAAAGGUGCUGCCCUUUGCUAGAUAGGUAUGGAGAUUUUGUAGUACCUUUUUUUUGUUGUGAAAAACAGAGUUUGUUAUUAAUGUGUUGAUCUUCAUAUCAUGUGGAGAUGAUCAUAUAUUCUUUAUCUGUAUCAGAUCAAUGGUAGUGGACCGUUUUUUAUA